AUGUCAAUUGAAAAUAAAUCAACAUUAAAAAUAAUGGCACUUGGUCGUCAAUUUGAACUUGGAAUGCUUUAUGUCUAUAGAACCGAUAAACUUAUUCCCAAUAUAUUAUUAUGGGGUUCUCAUAUAACACCAAAUACUAUUAAUUGUCGAUCAUUAUCAAUGCAAAAAUGUACAAUUCAUAAAAAAGAUACAUUUAAAGAAAAAGGAGAUUUAUUAGGGUGUAGGUGUGGAUGGGCUAACAACCUAUCAGACUAA